GACCGGUACCUCGCGUACUCGCCGCACUCGGGCUACCACAACCAGCGCAUCUCGCUCGAGAACGCCCUCACGCUCGCCUUCCUCCUCAAGCGCACCCUCCUCCUCCCGCCCGUGUGGGUCGGCCACGCCAUCCCGUACAUCUCGUUCGACAAGCUGCAGCGGCGGCUCGAGAUGGCGACCAAGGAGGGCCUCGAGCACUGCGUCGAGUUCGGCGAGGGCUCGACGACCGACCCGAUCCCGCGCGAGUGCGACGGCUUCUGGGACUGGACGACGGUCGACUGGAGCUUCCUCGUCGACUUGAGCGACGCCGAGCAGCUCGUGCCCGUCAAGCGCCGCUCCAACAUGUCGAUGGCAUGGCUCGCGGGCGAGCUCGACCUCGCCAAGCCCGACCGCCACGGCGAGCGCCGCGACGUGUUUGCGCUCCGCGACGACACGAUGUACCAGUACCGGUUCUACGACUCGGCCGACGACGCCGACCCGCUCGACAAGUGGACGAGCCGCAUCGACAUCGACCAGCUCGCGCGCGACUCGGCCUCGCACAAGCUCGUCCACGUCGGCAGCAUGUUCGGCACGAACCGGCUGCGCCUCGUGAGCGACGCCGGGUACGACGCGCGCGGCGUGUUCCGGCGCGCCAUGGUGUUCCGCACCGAGGCGGUCGACGCCGUCGCCGACGAGGUGCGCGACCUGCUCGGCGGCGCCGGGCGGUACCACGGCCUGCACCUGCGCGUCGGCGACGGCGUGUUCCAGCAGAACGCCGACGACAACAUGCGCGGCGUGUGGGACAAGCUGUGCGGCGACAAGAUGAAGCUCGGCGACGACGUGUGCGACGAGGCGUGGGGCCUGAGCGAGGCUCGUCAGCGCCAGCGGCUUGUUCGGCGGGGCGGCGAGGAGAGCAUCGACGAGGCGACGCUCGUCAAGCGGGCCAACUCGCGACCGCAGCGCGAGGGCGCCUACCACCACGCGCCGCUCCCGGCGCUGCCCAAGAUCCGCACCCUCGACGACUCGCCCCUGUCGCCCACCCUCACCUGUCGCCGCCCGCUCCACAGCGCCACGCACCUCCUCCCCUUCAACGCGCCCCUCUUCAUCGCGACCGACUCGAAGCUCGGCGCCGACGACCCUCACCUCGCCGUCUUCUUUACCGCCUUCCCGUGCACGUUUACCCUGUCCGACUUUGGCGCGCUCGAGUCGCUCGGCCGGCUCAACCGGCUCCGCAACGAGGACGACAAGACGCCGCUCGCCCAGUUCCUGUACCCGCAGCUCGACGCCCAGGUCGCGGCGUGGGGACGCGGCCUCGUCGGGACGCCGCAGAGCACCUACAGCCGCUUCGCCAUCGACGUCCUCCACCAGGUCUACCAGUGCGUUCUCGACCCCUCUCUCUCUCUCGUGCGCGCUGGCCUUCCGCGACGCCGCCAGCCGCUCACGCCCUCUCUGCCCGACCGUCCGCAGCGGGUGGGACAUUGUCGAGCGAGGGUGAGCCUGCGCGGGUUCUCGUCGCUGUCUGCAACACACGCGUCACUUUCUGCUCUCGUGCCGGCCGCGAGCGCAGAGAGGGCCCCAGAGACAGGCCAUCGAGCGAGCGCACGAGCUGGCGGGUAG